GGGGGUUACUGUUGUCUAUAUUUUUAAGUGAUGUUUUUAAUAUGCUUUAAGACAAACCUGUAAAUUAUUCCAGAAGUAAAUUUUUCAUUUUUGGGUGAACUAUUCCUUUAAGAAUAGCCUAUUUCUACAUACAACACCUUUGACACGACUUCAUUAUAAGAGCAAGUUCGUUACAAAAAAAAAAUGAUUCAGCCAAACGACAUUUAUGAAUAAAUAAUUAACCGUUCAGGAUAAUGAAGUUAACAAAAUUGUCUCUGAUGCUGAUAAUGAGUGAUCCUCACGUGUCACACGCUGGUCACACGUCGUCAUUGCUCCCCCCGUGUUUCUAUAGCAACAUCUAACGAAAGACUUGUAAGGUUAGAGCCUAGAACUAGCAGAAAAUGUCGGCAAUGAACAGAAAGUUAAUUCAAAACCUCGCCGAAACUUUAUGCAAGCAAGUCAAACAUUUUAGUAAAGCAGAGACGGGGUGUCUGAUAAGGCUGUUCAACGGUCUGGUGGGAGAGCAGGCGGAGAAAAGAGCGGCUCACGGACUCGACCGGGUCCGGUUCAGAAAUAUCCUCCACAACACAUUCGGGAUGACCGAAGAUGUGAUGAUGGAUAGAGUUUUUCGUGUCUUUGACAAGGACAAUGACACCUACGUAAGCGUCAAAGAGUGGGUGGAAGGUCUGUCUGUCUUUUUAAGAGGCACGCUGGAUGAAAAAAUCAAAUUCUGCUUUGACGUAUACGACCUGAAUGGGGACGGAUACAUCUCACGGGAGGAGAUGUUUCAAAUGCUGAAAGACAGCCUCAUCAGGCAACCCACCGAAGAGGACCCCGAUGAGGGGAUUAAGGAUGUUGUGGAAAUUGCCUUGAAAAAAAUGGAUCACGACCACGAUGGAAGAGUUUCUUAUUCCGAUUUUGAGAAGACAGUCGUAGAUGAAAACCUUUUACUAGAAGCUUUUGGCAACUGCCUCCCAGAUACGAAGAGAAUCCUGUUAUUUGAGCAACAUGCAUUCCAGGAACCACAUGAACAGUGACAUAACCACUGAAUUUUGUAUAUGAAAAAAAGGUUUGUCAAAAAAUUGUGCGUGUCUGUAAAAUAUUGUUCAAUGUAAGACCACAGCGGUCUUAUUAAAUUCU